AGCACACAAACCAGCCCUGUGGCACCAGUGGCGAAGUCUGACAGCGAUAGGCACCGAGCCAACGAUGACGAAGCCCUUCGCUGAUGUCACUGGAGGGUGAGUGGGUGCCUCGUUUCUUUUUUUCGCCCCCCCUUUUUCUCGCACUUUUCUCGCAUUGGAGCCCCCAGGUGUCCUUCAGUGACCUUGGAGCUGUAACUGAACAGAGCUACAGUGAUCGCAUUAAGCGUGUCCAAUCUGCUUACGUGACGCCAAAUCAAAUCAUGCAGCAGUAUCUGUCAGCACUCGCACAAUCGUUUGGUGACCGAUUGCCGCCGCGGUCCCGUACUCGGAGCGCUCUCUCUGCCCGGUAAUCCCGGUGUCAGGUGUUAACACGUGAGGUCUGAUCUUCACCCCGCUGCGCGCUCUCUCUCUUUUAUUUUUAGCGAUCGUGCUAAUGAGAGAGAUAAAACAACACCUUAAAUUUGUAACUACACCCUUCCUUCCCUGUCUCCUGACUCCCGUGUGUAACGAAACGCAGUAAUUAGGCCAUAUUCAUGUGCACAGUUAUUCCAGCUCCGCUCUGUGUAAGAGUUUCUGGGCGGUUCUUAGUUCAGACCAAUGAAUCGCCUUCUCUGUUUAAAUAGUCCUUGAUGUCAACUUUUCUUCUACACUCGGAGCUGCCUCUAACGCCAUGUUGGCUCUUAUGACUUGAUGUGUUUUCAUCUGCCUUACUACGGAGUUGACAGGAGUGGCUGUGUUAAAUCCCCCUCCUCUUCCUCCACACACCCACCCAGCCAGCCUCCCGUGCGCCUUCGGAGACGCUUUUUCCCCCACCUCUGAAAUUUUUUUUUUUUUUGAUGAUACGCGCGGAGCAUGCAUGCAUCAUUCCCGUGACUGUCCGUUUGAAAGGAAUACUAUUUCGGAAGCAGCGAUUUGAAGCACGCGUGUGUUGUUUUUCGUCGUUGUAUGUGCAACAAAAUGUCAGAUGUUCGCCUUUCUAACGCGAGCCCGGUGGAGAGGGUGGAUGCUCGGCAGCAGGACAACGUCAGAACUUCGGUUCGCAGAAAUCUUUUCGGUAGACCGAACCCAGAAGAGAUCCGCAGGGAUGCGGAGAAUUCGGCGCGAGAGGAGGUGCAGCGUUUCAGGGAGACUUACGAUUUCGAUCUGGUGGAAGACAGGCCGCUCGCUCCGCGCAGUUACGACUGGGUGCAAGACGACGACGCACCGGAAUUUUAUAGCAGGCAGCCUCACAGCAGACCGAGAGGCUCUCCCGGAGACAGCGACCGGCUGGAUAACGACGGCGGUGACAGGCCGUCGGGUCUCCAACCAGGCAAAAACGGUUCGAAGAAAAGGAGUGCAGAAGAUGCAGACUCUUGCUCCACCGAGUGUUUGACUAAAAGGUCGCGUAGUAGAGAUGGUGGCGACGACGAUGACAAGUCGGACGGUGCAGGAAGUCAGACGAUAAGAGCCGCGGAGGAGAGACCCGGCAGACUCGAGGUCUGAGCGGUGCUUCAGCGGGCAAACAGCGCCAGAGCAGAGAGGAGAGACCUGUUGCUGAUGGAAUACUGUAGCUUUUUUCUCAUCAUCUGACAGAGGGGAGAGAUUUUUUUUAAAUUAUUAUUAUUUUUAUUUUAUUUUUUUAAAGCAACCUUUUCCUGCAGAAGAGAGGAGGGAGAGGCUGCACAAGCACUGAACAUGUACACUAUCAAGUUUUGGCACUCAUAUGAAUUAAUUUGCCUCAGAAGCAGCAGACAAUGUAGCAUUGUGCAAAUUGAUUUUUGCUCAUUUGUUUUGUAUCUACUACCUAUGUUUCAGAUGUAGCACAUAAAAAAGCAUAUUAUGCUUUUCAUACUUUUUUUGUUAAUUGUGUUUUAAGUGUAAGUGUGUGAAUUUGACAUGGGAAGUUGCAGUGCAAUUUCCAACAGAGAAAUAUUAUUUUUGUUAUAGUGGUCAUUUAAAAAAAAAAAA